GGGCUAUAGCUACCCCAACCUGCAAAAGCUAUCCCCCAAGAGUAAAUCUGCAUCGGUUUUAGCGGCCUAGAUCGGCUCACAAACCGCGGAUCUCAUCCAAUUAUCGAUUCGAACCCUCAACUUUUUUUCUUCCAUUAAAUAAAUCCCCUCCACCCUCUUUCUAUUCCCUCUUCCCCUCAACAUCAGUUUCUUCUUUCAUCUUCACUUUUGUUCCUACUACAAAAGCCCUCUCGACUGGCAUUGCCUCUCUUCCUAUUCAAAUCUGCUGUCGUCACUUGCAAUAUCUGAAUCAGACUUAUAGCACGCUCCUCCAUUGCUUUCAAGUCUCGCACUUUCAAUGGCAGAGUCAGCUCAUAGCUCGCUCGCCAGUGGUGGCCAGCAUGAUGACCCCGCGUCCAAGCCUCAUCUUGCUUCUACUGGGCUUGAGAAUCAGGAAGAGGGAAAUGCUCGAGAGGGUGAUUAUGACGUUGAGACGGUAGAGCGUAUCUACAGAAAGAUUGAUCGCCGUAUCAUUCCUGCUUUCUGGGUCCUAUACUUCCUCUGCUCAGCCAUCAGGUCGAAUAUCGGUAUUGCUCAAACUAUGAACAAGGACAAGGGACACGAUCUCAUGACUGUCCUUGGAAUGACUCCAAAAGAUGUCUCGACUGCUCUCGCUCUCUUCUACGUUGCAUAUGUCAUCUUUGACUGUCCCUCCAACCUCAUCAUGAGCAAGCUGAGCCCUCGUCUUUGGAUGGCACGCAUUGUCUUUGCUACCAGUGUCAUUGGAACUUGCUUCGCUGCUGUCAACGAUCCUUGGAGUGUGAAGCUACUUCGAUUCUUGCUUGGACUCGUCAUUGCUGGCAUGUGGCCUGGUAUGGCUUUCUACCUGACCUUGUUCUACCCUCCUUCGCGCACCGGCCAGCGAAUUGGCUACUACUUCACUGCGUCUCAAGUGUCUGCUGCCGUUGUUGGUCUCGUGUCUGCAGGAUUCCAACUUAUGGAUGGGGAGAGAGGCAUUGUGGGCUUCCGUUGGAUGUUUAUGGUUUAUGGUCUUGUUGGUGUCCUUCUGAGCGUUAUCCUCCUGUGGUGGCUCCCCGACCGUCCUCUUGCACCUGGCCAGACCCGACCCAAGACUGGUAUCUUCAAGUGGCUUCCCGCUACCCCUGAGGUUCUCAAGGGCCAAGACGCAGUUAUUCACUACCACGAUCUUCGACGUGUUUAUCACGCUCGACCCUGGAACUUUAGGGACCUAGGCCUUGUUCUGAUUGAUUGGCGUCUCUGGCCCCUGACUUUGAUGUAUUUCGGUGUCGUUGGCGUCGGCAUCGGCACUCAGAUGUACGGAUCCGUAAUCAUCGCCUCCAUCCGACCUGAGGCCAGCGGCGUCGAAGUUAGUCUUCUGUUUGCGCCAAUCUGGAUCAUGGAUCUCAUCGCCAUUCUCAUCGUCACUCCUAUCUCGGAUCGCUUCCACAGAUCUCGGCCUUACUUCUUCUCUGCAGCUGUCUGCAUUCAGAUCGCCGGUCUUCUUACCACUACUCUGGCGACCAACAACGGCUGGGCUCGAUAUGGAGGUCUUCUCAUGGUUGGUUUCGGUCUUGGUCCCACUGUCCCUAUCUGCAUGGCUUGGAGCUCUGAGAUCUUCCAGAAGCGCCAUGGCGAAGUCGGAGUCGCUGCCGCGACUGCGCUCGUCUCUGGUCUCGGUAACCUGGGCAGUGUCAUGACAACCUAUGCUCUCUACACUGGCUGGCCGGAGGAUGCCGCCCCUGGCCCUCACCAAUACCGCAAGAGCAACUACACCAUGAUCGGAAUUCUGUGCAUGAGCAUUCUCAGCUCAUUCGCGAUGAAGGCUCUUCUCACAUAUUUUGGCAACCCACCCAGCAACAAGCUCCAGUCAGACUCGUCUAGUGAGUUUGAGGAUGGUGCAGCCCGGCGAGAGGGUCAGGAGCGCGGUUUCGGAUCUCUUCCUUGGAAGAAGUCGAACCGUGCUUAAGUCUACGGGACUCCCUUGACUCGUCCGCCUGGGCUGCAUCUUCAACAAUCGCCCUGGCUGACGCCUCUUAAUUGAGCAGCUGGCAGUAGCCCAACCUGCUGAUUCGGCUGCCUGUAUCAACAUGGCUAUUCACUGAUGACAAGCCUUGACGAUAUUCACUUCUCAUCCUCAUCCGUUAGGGUCCGAUCGUUACGCCUCGAGGCGUCGCCAAAAUUUCAAUCUGGUAUACAUGCCACUAAUAUGACGGCCUCGACAACGAUUUAUGCUUUGGAGGACUCCCUGGUCUCGCGAACAGCUCGGUGACAAUGCUUCAGCGCUAUCACCCUGCUCCCCUCCCGAGUCCCGACCCUCCGAGCAUCCUCCCAUCGGAUUAUUUUUGAUCUUUUUACUUUGAUAUUUACGCACUGUUUUGCUUUUUAUUAUGAUACCCCAUCAGCGUUUGUACACGCUGUCCUACGAGUUGCCCCAUUUCCCUCGGCAGCGAAAGUGCUUCUACGCCAUCGCUUUGCGGAUAGUGUGUUGAACCAGAGCUCGCGGCGACAAUGCUUGUUACGCUAUCGUUUGGCGAGUUCUGUGGGCGUUUUGUGUUUUUUUUUAGGUGGGAAUGGUUGUAUAUGGCUCUUCGAGCUUGGUUACGGUGAGGGCAUAUUACUCGAUCUUUAUUAUAUAGUUUUGAUUAGCAUAUAAAAUAAAUAAGAUAUAUGCUCUCCUGCUUUAUUUAUCC